AUGGCAAGUUCCAGCCACACCGUCGUGGCUCCAAAAGACCUUACGAAACCACCGAAACCGCAUUGGCCACUCGCGUACUGCAUACAACCACAGAAGCCCAAGGCCUCGUCACUCCAGUCAUAUGGCUUCUCAUCUACUCAAGCCGCACCAAAACAAUGGUGGAGUCAUCGCCUCUACCGAGGCCCUGCAGGCAAAGAAGUCGAAGUUCUGUAUAGCAAGAACAAAGCGCAAUCCGAGAUAUACGCGAAGAAGUUCCUUGAGGAGCCUGUCAUUGGAUUUGACAUGGAGUGGCCGUGGAAUGAUUGGAAAAGAGACGAUUUGCAGAACAAGAUCGGGCUGAUCCAACUCGCUUCUGAAGACAAGAUUGCAUUGUUUCACAUCGGACUGCACCCAGGGAAGACGAGCGAAGACAUAAUCGCGCCGACAUUGAAACGCAUCCUUGAGGAUCCCAAGAUUGGCAAAGUAGGUGUCAAUGUGCUGAAGGCGGACUUCUCGAGAUUGAGUCGGUUCUUCGGGCUGAAGCCCAAAGGUGCCGUCGAAUCCAGCCAUCUCUACCGCCUCGUAAAGUUCGGCCCUGCAAAGCCGGAGUUGGUGUCGGUCAAGUUGGUGAGUUUGGCACAUCAGGUGGAGGAGCAGCUCGGUCUGCCUCUUUACAAGGGCGACGUGAGGACAAGUAACUGGAGCAAGCCCUUGUCGAAGGAUCAGAUCAACUACGCGGCUGGAGAUGCGUACGCAGGCUUCAUGCUUUACAAAUGUAUGAAUGCGAAGAGACUUGCCAUGAGACCUACCCCACCGUUACCGAUCCACGCUGAGAAGUAUCCGAGCGGCAAAGCAUCCAGAGAUGAUCCGAUACUGUUGAAUGUCGGAGACGGUACGACCAUCACGACAGAAGCCUUUUUUGGUGUCAAACCUGCGAAGAGCGGCACAACAGCAACCAAGUCUAAAACACCGAAGAAAACCCCUGCCAAGACUAGUGGACAGCCUUUAGAUCAUGUUACACAAGCAUUAUUCGAAGAACUAGCUGUUCGGCGAACAUCCCUAGCGGAAACUGGGAAGAUACUGCCUUCUCGGGUCAUAUCCGACACUCUGCUGGAAGCCAUUGCGCGCGCACAGCCUUGCGAUACUGAGGGCUUGCUUGCUGUAAAAGGUAUCGGAAAGAUCCAGCAAACAAAGUACGGCAACGAGUGGCUCGAGGUUAUCUCGCUUUUCCUUGCCACCAACGGCAUCGACCAACCAACUGUGACCGUGAAGCCACCCGAACCUGAGAUCCAGCUGCCGCAUACCCCCCGCCGCCCAAAAGUGCAACUUAAGGUUGCAGACGAUAGCUCUGGCGACUCCUCUCCCGCUUUCGAGACCGCGCCUCCCCGGACACCUCAACUACACACUGGCCUGUCUUUUACCAUGGCAGAGACAAAACUGGGCGUAGAUCAUGGUAACGAGUCGCACGGCAGUACAUCCCCUUACGACUCUGACGAUACCCUCCCAUCACUAGACUUUGGCAGUCCCAGCCGUCGGCGAACAAGCGCCGGUACCAAACGCAAACGCGCUGAGAGUCCAGUGAAGACCGAUGCGGAAAAGGCCACUCAGCCUGCGGGAGAACCGUUACAAAAUUCGACGAUAACCACACCUCGCAUCACACCAGAUGGCAAAGUAACGGAAGAACGACCGCUAGAUACAACGACACCUUCUAAAUCGAAAGCAAAGUUCACGCAACAACCAUCUCUGAGCCACGCCCUCGGCGUCAUGAGCAAAAGCCCUGCCUCUGCCUCAGCGCCAACUCCAACACAGAAUCCACCACUAUCACCUGGAUCGCGUAUCGCUCGGUCGAAGCUUCUAGCCUUCAGUAAACUGGUUACGCGAAAACUGCCCGCUCGGUCCGCUACUGCUCCACCCAUAAUAACAGACCAUACGUUAGAUUUGAUCAUUAGGGUAAGACCGCAGACGCAAGACGAACUGGAGCGCAUUCCGGGGAUAGACAGCUUGCUAUUAGCUUGUGAGAAGACGGGCACAGAUUUACUGAGGAACGUAGUCAAGUUUGCGCCACGGCAAGCAUGA